AACCCAUGGUUAAAUGAGAACUAACCACGGUUAAUAUCUCUAGUAAAGACUCUCUCUCUCUCCAUCACUCUCUCAUCUCACUAUUACCUUACCUCCAUUUCAUCUCUCCCCCGCUCUCUCUCUCUCUGUCUUUUUGCGCGUUUUUCUCCUCCUCUCUCUCUAUCUCCUGGUCAGACGCUCUUCUCGUCUGCUUUUUAUCUCUCAAUCUCGCUCUCUCGCUCUCUCUUUUCUGGUCAGACCCUCGUCUCCUCCCGCGAUCUCUCUCCCUCCCUCUCUCUCUCUAUCUCGCUCUCUUUUCUGGUCAGACCCUCGUCUUCUCCCGCUCUCUCUCUCUCUCUCUCUUCUGGUCAGACCCUCGUUUCCUCUCUCUCUCUCUCUGUCUCUGCUGCUACCAGAGAUUCGGGAAGGUGCUUUGAUGGUGGAAACGAAAACCUAAAAAGGCAGGUUACAUUGAGAUUUGUCAGUACUAUUUUCUCGGAAUCCAGAUUAGUUAUCUUCAAUUGAAGUUGUAUUUGAGCUAUAAUUUGGGAUCGAAAGCUGCGAGCAGAGGAAUUUUAGAACACAGAGAUUGAAAUUUGGGUGCAAUGAUGUCGAUGUUUGAAGAAAUCGCGAACAUGGAUUUCCUGCAUAUGCCUUCUGCUGAGAGUGAGCCGCUGCCUGAGAACGAAGCUGAGAACUUGCAAGAUGAUGACUACAGCGAAGAGGAGAUGGAUGUUGAUGAAUUGGAGAGGAGAAUGUGGAGGGAUCGGAUGCUGCUGCGCCGUCUCAAGGAACAGAACAAAGGGAAGGAGAGUGGUGAUGUUGCAAAGCAGAGGCAGUCUCAAGAACAGGCACGCCGGAAGAAGAUGUCGCGAGCACAGGAUGGCAUCCUGAAAUACAUGUUGAAAAUGAUGGAGGUGUGUAAGGCCCAGGGGUUCGUGUAUGGGAUCAUCCCGGAGAAGGGGAAGCCGGUGAGCGGGGCGUCGGACAAUCUACGAGCAUGGUGGAAAGAGAAGGUGAAGUUCGACAGGAAUGGACCAGCAGCGAUCGCAAAGUACCAGGCAGAUCACGCCAUCCCCGGUGUGAACGAUGAUAGCAAUUCAAAUAUUGCUACUCCCCACACACUGCAGGAGCUGCAAGAUACAACACUAGGUUCACUUCUGUCAGCUCUGAUGCAGCACUGCGACCCGCCUCAGAGGCGAUUUCCUUUAGAGAAGGGAGUUGCGCCUCCUUGGUGGCCCGCAGGCAAUGAGGACUGGUGGCCCCAAUUGGGUUUGCCGAAAGAUCAAGGCCCUCCACCAUACAAGAAGCCUCAUGAUCUGAAAAAAGCAUGGAAGGUGAGCGUCCUCACGGCCGUGAUCAAGCACAUGUCACCUGACAUUGCGAAGAUCCGAAAGCUGGUGAGGCAAUCAAAGUGUCUGCAGGAUAAGAUGACGGCAAAGGAGAGCGCUACCUGGUUGGCCGUCAUCAACCAAGAGGAGACGCUCUGUCGCCACCUCAACCCGGAUGCUUGCCCACCAUCGUCGAUCUGCAAUGGGACAUUCUCCUUCAGCGGCAGCAGCGAGUACGAUGUCGAUGGUGCUGAGGACGAUGAAGUGCAGGAGUGCAAGCCUCGCGACAUCAACCUGUUCAAUAUGGGGAUGGGAGCAGCAAAAGAUCAGUUUCUGGUAUCACCUUCCAUCAAGGGAGAAUGUGAUAGUAUGGAUUUCAUCAGGAAGAGGAAGAUGUCGGAUGCACCCGAUUUGAUGCUUGAUCAGAAGGUAUAUACCUGUGAGAAUGUCCAGUGCCCAUACCAUGACUACCGCCUCGGAUUUCUGGACAUGACUUCCAGGAAUAAUCAUCAAUCGAAGUGUCCGUUCCGACCCAAUUACUCUUCAGGCAUGGGAAUUACAAGCUUCCAGCUCAAUCAAGAAAAACAGCCAGCUUUCUCAGUUCCCUUCUCCCAACCUAAGCCAGCACCGCAAGUUAAUCCACCUUCACAUCCUACAGCAAAUCCCUCUUCCAUGAACACCUCUAGCUUGGGAAUUCCCACUGACGGACAGAAAUCAAUCAGCGAUCUCAUGUCAUUCUACGACAACAAUCUUCAGCCGAACAAGAUCUCGAGUCAUGCAACCAUCAAUCUUGUGGAAGAUCAGAACCCCUUGCAGCCUCCGAGAAUUCAGAUCGAUGAUAACAUGUUUGGACAAGGGAGUGGGAUGGGCAGUAGCAUCUUUGAAGAAUCCAACAGCCCCAUGAACAACCCUCUGCUCGUGAGAGACGACAUCCAAUUCGACCAGUGCAGGAUUUUCGAUCAACCAUUCGACACUCAUCCAAAUGAAAUCAACAGCGACUUCAGAUUUGGGUCUCCUUUCAACAACAUGCCGGCCAUGGAUUUUGCAGACCCUACACCUAGAGGGACUGAUUCACUGCCGAAGCAGGAGAACUCGUUCUGGUACUACUGAAAAGCAUAAUCAAAUCAAGCACAACUGAAUCUGCCCAGAAGCAUUGGAUUGAAUUCAGUUCAAGUGGUGGCGAUCAUCUCUCUGUGUUUAUGUCUGGGAAGCAUCGCCGAAUUCCGUCCGUUCAUGGGCAUCUGUACAUUUUCACAAGGCUUCUUUAUAUCAGUCUCAUGUGGUGAUCAGAUUAACUAAUAAUCUCUGCAACUAAUGUAGGUUUUUCGAGAUCGAAACUUCAGUCUCGAAGUUGCGAAUCGAAUUCCUGUCUGAUGAAGAUAGCCUUUAGGAUCUAGGUUUGCUAGGGUUUGCAUUCAUGGCGGGUUGCGUGAUCAGAUCGAGAAACGGAUGGCUCGAUUUGAUUAGGUCCUGCUUUGAAAUGGGUUAUAAAACAUUCCAGUGUUGAGAACUUUUGUAUUUGGUUUUUUAACUGAAUUUUAUAUAGUUUAUAUGUUUUGUGA